AUGCGAUUCUGCUUACAAAUUCAUGCCGAGUACCUACCAGCUGGUAUCAGACUCUUCUGUAUCUGUAAAGUAGGUAGGAUCCUGAUCUGUGGCCUGCUAUUCACCAGCUGUCUCGCCGCUCCCGCUCCUCAUGGUUGGGGAGGAGGUUCAAAAAUCAUCAUCAUAAAGAAAGGUUAUGGUGGCGGACAUCACCAUGGAUAUCAUCAUGGAGGAUACAGUCCUUGGGGACAUGGAGGAGGUCAUGGGGGAGGCUAUGGAGGAGGAUAUGGAGGUGGCUUUGGGGGAGGUUUUGGAGGAGGCUUUGGAGGUGGUUUCGGGGGAGGUUACGGUGGUGGCUGGGGAAAAUGA